GAGGACCCAUAGACAGAAAUCUGCAGCUCAGAAAAUCAAGAGAUCAAAAUGAUGCUGCUGGUCGCCCAAAAGGAUUAAACGGAAGCAAUCUGUCAGCGAACAAUCCAAUGUUAGGAUUACAUGUGAUGGACGCGGCCUAAAAGAAAAAAAGAAAACGAUUUAUUUAAUUUCCAUUAGCUAGUCAAUUCUAGUCGGCACCGUCUCCCUAACAGAUUUGACUGUUGGUGAGAACGGACCGAUUUGUGCUGACAACUGCGCUAGGGAAAGGGAGAGAUGCCGCUGCUGAAAGGACGUUGUGACGCUUGACUGACCAUGAUGAAGACUGAAUCCUCAUCUUCCAAGAGCCCCGGCUCCGGUUCGACGCUGCGGAGCCCAUCCCCUCACCGGAACGCAUACGAGGCGGGGAUGAAGGCGCUAAAGCCUGCGAAGGACAAUGCUGCGAACGGCGAUCAUAUGCAGGAAGGCCCCCGCGGGCGCCGGAGUUACGGCUCCAACGUGCAUCGUAUCAAGAACAUGUUCCAGCAGAUGCAAGGCCCAGGGAGCACGUCUCCCGGCAGGGAGGGGGAGGGAGGGGAUGAACCAGAGAAGACAACCGAGAGGGUGCGUCUUUCUCUUCCCAGAGCCGGUAGCCUGAAUGAGAAUGUGGACCACAGCGCUUUGCUGAAGCUGGGAUCCACUGUCUCAGAACGGGUUAACCGGUUCGACCCUGGUGCCAAAGCAGAGAACGGACAGAUUCCCAGAGCCUCGUCCCCCAGUUACUCUAAGCUGCAGGAGACACGGAAGAUAUUUGAACAACAGCAGGCGGCACAGCAGCUAGAGCGUGAGAAGCAAGCCGCUGCCACAAACAGGGUCCUACUGAAGACUGAGCGGACUUCAGGCCUGGGCUUCCAGGAUGGCAGGCUGGACGUUGUGGCACGCUUCAAUGGUAGCACAGAAUCCCUGGACAGCCUGGACACCACCGAGGCCGUGUCCCCAACCGUCUCGCAGCUCAGCGCUGUCUUCGAACGGGCCUCCGAGCUCCGCAACAACCUGCACCGCCUCUCCUCCACCCCUCCGCUGCCCUCCCGGGGUGUCAGCACCAAGGUGGGGGUACAGCUCAACUCCAAAAUCAUCUCCAAGAGGGCCAGCCGUGCUUCCGCCCUCCCGAUGGCCAACCAGGAGGAGGAGGGGGGCCGGGGGCGCAGCCAGAGGGCCCAAGACGGACCCCCCAGGAGCCUCAGGGCAAAGGCUACCAACUCAUCCUCCUCCGCCUCAGAGGGCCAGCACGGAGGUCAGAAUGGAGGCCAAAGCAGCCCGACGCUACCCGGUGGUGGGACGGAGCUCAGGGAUGGCUGGGCUGGGCUGGAGUCCGGGGACCAGGCCACAGUUGCCGGCCAGGAGGACUUUCCAAGCGACCGGGAGCCAAGUAACGCCUUAGUGAAAGCUGACAUCCACCAAGUGUCCCUGGAGAAUGGGGAGGACAGGGCAGAGUGGGAGGCCCAGGUAAGGGAGACCUCUCCCAAGGACACUAGCGGUGAGAGGGCCGGGCAGAGUGGAGACGGAGGGAUUGGCCAGGGGGUUGCAGCGGAGGAGAGGGAGGAGAGGACGGUCAAGGAGGACCAGGCAGGAGGGGAGCAUGUGGACGUCAGAACCUACAGUGCGGUUGGGGAGGACUCCAAAGGCAGCCAGCAGGAUGAGGAGGAGGACGAGGAGGAAGAUGACGAUGAAGAUGACGAUGAGCCCUACGAGCCCGAGUCCAGCUGUCACGAGAAGCCGGGGCUGCCUGAAGAGGAAGACCCUCCACCCAGCCGGAAGAUCCGUUUCAGCACAGGGCCGAUCAAGGUGUUUGCCACCUACCCCAACGAGGACUACGACCGGCGGAACGAGGAUGUGGACCCCAUGGCUGCUUCGGCCGAGUACGAACUGGAGAAGAGGGUGGAGAGGCUGGAUCUGUUCCCUGUCGAGCUGGAGAAAGAUGGGGACGGGCUGGGCAUCAGUAUCAUUGGAAUGGGGGCUGGGGCUGACAUGGGCCUGGAGAAACUGGGCAUCUUUGUCAAGACAGUCACAGAUGGAGGAGCAGCGCACAGGGAUGGCAGGAUCCAGGUGAACGAUCUGAUCGUGGAGGUGGACGGGACCAGUCUGGUAGGGGUCACCCAGACCUUCGCUGCCUCCGUCCUCAGGAACACCACAGGCACCGUCAAGUUUCUGAUUGGUCGAGAGAAGCCAGGCGAGCAGAGUGAGGUGGCCCAGCUGAUCCAGCAGACCCUGGAACAGGAGCGCUGGCAGAGAGAGAUGCUGGAGCAGCGUUACAGUCAGUACAUGGACGACCAAGAGGGUGGUGAAUAUGGUACUGAUGAGGAGGAGGAUGAUGAUGAGGAGGGCAGCCCCACGUACCCCUCUGCCAUCGAAGUGUUUGAUCUAGCUGAGAAUGAGGACAUGUCUCCCCUGGAGACGGACCCUGAGAAGUUGGCCCAUAAAUACCGGGAGCUUCAAAUAAAGCAUGCUGUUACACAAGCGGAAAUCCAACAGCUGAAAAGAAAACUCAACCACGCAGAGCAGGACAAACAGCGCUGGCGAAUGGACAAGGCCCAGCUGGAGCAAACCCUGCAGGAAAACAAGGAGCGUAUGGAGAAGCUGGAAGGCUACUGGAUGGAGGCCCAGAGUCUGUGUCAGGCGGUGGAUGAGCACCUGAAGGAGACACAGGCCCAGUACCAGGCUCUGGAGCGCAAGUACAGCAAGGCUAAGCGCCUCAUCAAGGAGUACCAGCAAAAGGAGAUUGAGUAUCUGAAGAAGGAGACACAACGCUGUGUACAGGACGGAGCAGAGGCCUCGCUAAGGGAGGAGUCGGGACAGCUCCAAGAUCAGGUAGCAGAUCUGGAAUGCAGGGUUGAAGAGCUAAAAUCGGAACCUUUAUAAUAGCCUAAGAAUCUCUGAAACUUCCAUGAGGGGAGAACGAGGACAGUGUUAUUGUAAUUGCAGUGGGCCCAGGGUAUUUCUUGUCUCAAACUUUAGCUUGGUUUGCGGUCGCAUACAUGUACCCACAGCGUUUGUAUUGCUGCAUAUAAUCUCUUUAUCUAACAAGCCCUUUUAUUCCUAUGUUGUUGUUUUUUUGUUAAGAUUCCCCUUCUGGGAGUAUAUAACCAAUGGGUACUGGUUUGCCAGUUUAAUCUACAUUUAAAAAAGAUUGUCAAGAACUUUUGUUGCUGUUAACUUUUUCCAAUAUUCAGUAUUUGAACCUUUGAUUACAAAGUGUUAGGGAGAAUUACAGAAGACACCUAGCUUUUCAUCACAAAUGUCAAAAACAAUUUCCUUUUUCUUUCUCUGCCCUGUUUCGUGAUGUUUUAUUUUCUGGGAUUUAAACUGUACAGCAGUAAUACUGUAUGUGGUUUAUCAAACAAAGUUUGAUUUGUAUAUAUUUUUAUUAAUAUAUGUAUAACAUUUAACAUAUGAACUAAUGAAGUCGAGAGGCAGUGCAUAUGAUAACUUAUGUGACUGGUAUAAAUUGUAAAAGGUCAACACUGGAGAAGCUACAUCGAUUUCAUGGUUUUUCUGGGCGCUUCACUGGAAUGAACGGUGGAAGGACAGGGAGGCCAUCUCCAACUGCUGCCUACCCUUCAGCUACAGUAUGUGUUUAAUCGAUAGACUCACCGGUAGUGGUUAUUGAUGAGAUUCUGUAACAGCAUACCAACAUGCCAGUUUGCUUAACAGCAGGGUCUACAUUUGGGGGACACUACAUUUCCAUUUUCUAACCAAAUGAACAGCACGAUGGACCUCACCAUGGACUUUGUGAUGAAACCUCACUAGCAGCUUUCGGACACUCCCUAGUCUUUGAACAGUAGCACAUGGAUUUACUGCCAGAUAGUAUUCACCUGAUUCUGAGGGAUUCAUGUAAAAAGCCUGUCAACUCUCAUACCAAUUUUAGUUAUGCUUUAUGUUUAGAUUAUGGUAAAUGCCGUGUGAGGUAUUGGAAUAAAGCUGGUAAGAAAAGCAAGUAACUUAGUGAUGAAAGAAAAGUGUUUCAGUGACAAGACCUGGGUGAUAUCACGGAGUGUUAAAUAGGUUAUCAAAUUAAGAACUCUCCCAUGGGCAUGUUUUAAAUAUUUUCAUAAGGUUUUAGGCUUGUACAGAGCACAUGCUUUGCAUUACAUGUUUUGUGGAAUAAAUGGUGAUCUGUGA